AUGAAACUUUUUCUCCUCAUUCUCACCCUAAUAUGUUCUGAUGUAAAUGCUCGUGGAGGUGGUGGAAGAGGUGGAGGUGGUGGAGGUAGAGGAGGAGGAGGAGCUAGAGCAGGUGUUGGAAGAGGUGGUGGAAUGGGAGGAUCCGGUAUCAGAGGGUCUAGUUCGUUCUCUGGUGGAGUAAGAUCUGGUGCUGGUGGAUGGAAGACAGGAAGUUCUUCAUCUCCAAACACCUAUGGAUCCAGUGCAUUCCGACAAACUGUGUUCUCCACUCAAUAUUCACAAUCUCGUGCUCCAUUCACUUCGAGUUUGACAAAUGCACUGAUCAUAUCCUCACUUGCUAGACCCAUUACAUACGACAACCGUGAUUAUUACUGGAGCAGUUCCCAUGCGAGAGAGAAAGUUGCCCCAGAGGUGUUUUGUGAAUAUCAAAUUGGACCAGAUGAUGGAGAACUACAAAAUGUGACAUUCCCGAAUGGAACAUCUGCAAAAUCUCUAUUCUUCGGUUGUACCGGUUCAAUGGUUGACUGUUGUGGAAUGUAUUGUUGUCAUAAUGUUGGAGAAUACGUGGCACUGGGAUUCCUUGGUGCCAUCCUAAUUCUUUUCGUCUGUUUUGCAAUGGCCAGUAGCUGCAAAGAAGAUAGUGACAGACGUCGUUAUUACGCUGCUGCAAAUACUCCUAGACCGCCACCUGAAUCUACAAACAGAAAUAAUAUUCCGAUGGUGAAAGUAUCGUAUUCUGACGCCUAUGGACAUAGAAAUUUAUGA